AUGGAAAAGUUAAGGUUUGAGUUUGUAGUGAAAGCUAUUAAGGAUCCAAAAACCAAUACAUUCUGCAUAACAUCAAUCACUGACACCAACAAAUGCACCUUUUUAAUAUCGGAACAUUUUCAACAAGCAAGAUUGCAUAAAGCGGUAAUAAAAACUACAGCUUUCCAAAAAGCAAAAACUACUACAUUACAAAAGACACAUGAAAAAGACAGUAAAGUUUUAAUGGUACGUUUACACGCUUGCCAAGCCUUGGCAAGCCUCGACAAUCGCAAGCAUAUCAAAGGGCGUUUGCGGCAAGUGCUUGCGACAUAUUUACAUGUUGGUCAGCGUUUAGUAGCCAUUGUGAUCUCGCGGCGAGUAUUCAAAUGCUCAAUUAUACAAAAAAAUAAAAAAAUAGAGGCUGGUCGAAUGAGGAGAGUCUUUCGUUUCUGGAAUAUUACCAGAUGGAAUCCUGCAUCUGGAAUCCGAAAGAUGCAAAUCAUAAAGAUAAGAAGAAACAAGCAGAUGCAUGGAUUCGUCUUGCUGAAGUAA